AUGAGUCUUCCACAGGAUCCACCCAGAUCAUUUUUUUUCCCCUUUGGAAAUCCUUUCCGGAUGAUAUCACCUAAAGCCACUAAGUUAUCUCCGCAACUACUGGCAGUAUUACGUGCUUUUGAGGAAACUUUGGAAGAGAGGCUGAAAAACCUUAUUCCUAAAAGCAAGGAUGAAGUCGUCAGCUUGUCUUGGAUGGCUUCGGCUAUGCGGACACUUUGUGAAAGUCACAAUGAUAUCAAAACCCUCAUGACAGACCUUGAGCUUCCUGUGACGGAUUGGGAUGAGAAAUGGAUAGAUGUGUACUUGGACAUUAGUGUGAAGUUGCUGGAUAUAUGCAAUGCCUUUAGCUCCGAGUUAUCACGUCUAAACCAGGGUCAGCUUUUACUUCAGUGCACUUUGCACCAUUUAGGCUCCUCCUCAUCUGAUCAUCUUUUCCGGGCAUGUUCUUCACUAGAUGGUUGGAGGCAGCAUAUGAGUUCUAAAAACCCUAGAAUCGAAAAAUGUGGGAGCAUUUUGGAUAAUCUGGUUGAGUCAUCUGAUAUGCCAAAGGUUAAAAAGUCAGGAAAAGGUAAGGUUUUGAUUCAAGCAAUAUAUGGAGUAAAGGCGCUGACAGUAUUUGUGUGCAGUGUGUUUGCUACGGCUUUUUCAGGCUCUUCAAAGAACUUGAUGGAUAUAGAUGUGGCCGAAGUUUAUUCCUGGGCUCCAACUUUUAAAGGUCUGCAGAAUCUUGUUAAUGAGGAGAUUAGAGUUAAAUUUUCAAGUGGGAGAUUUACUUUAUUGAAUGAGCUGGAAGCCGUUGAUUUGUCUGUGAGGGAACUACACCCUAUUAUCCAAGGUGUUGUACAUACAGUUGAGACAGAAUCACAGUCAAAAACUGUUGAGAAAUUAGGCAAUGCAACGGAUAAUUUCUCUCGAGGACUAGAUCUUCUUGCAAAGGAGGUAGAUGGCUUUUUCCAAGUGGUCUUGUCUGGCCGUGAUGCGUUGCUAUCUAACCUAAGGUCAGUUACACCCGACAUUGACUACAUCUUGGGAGGUAAAAGCGACACACAAGUGGUCAAUUGA